AGUGAUCAAGGAAUGUUAAUAGACCUUCGUAGGUAAAAAAAGAUUUCUGUGUUCAAGCAGGUCUAGGGAAUGCUGAAGUCAGUCAGUGUCUUCACUCUAGGACUCCUCAGAAGCUUUUCCAGGCCACUUUUGCUUCUUGACUCUCCAAGUGGGAGGUAGUGAACUGUGUUUCUCAGGCUUAUCUCAGAGCAGAUGCUUCUUUUUCCCGGAAGCAUCUCUGUAGCACUAAUGUCAGGCGAUGUCUGUGCAAUGUCUUACUCUACAUCCUCCAAGGCCUUUUAUUUGAGCUCACUCCUUAUCCUAGGAUCAAUUUCAUGACACAGGUAUCUUCUGGUUUAUGUUCUAACAUAGCUGUGUUGUAUGCACAGUAAUGUUUCUUUUCUCGCUUCAGGUUUUGCGUUUGAUGCUGUGUGCAUGGGCUAUAAUCUCACCCUACAUGACUUGCAGAUGCAUACAUCUCAUUAACACUGGACACCAGUGACCAGCAUGAGUACAAAGGCUGCUUUGCGGGGAAAUAUUCCAUGGAGCAGCACAGAGGGAACUCUUUAGGGAACAGGGAUGAGAUGAACAUGAGAAACAAUAGCAUUCAUAAGGCAGAUUUCCACGACCCCCCCAAAUUAGCAUUUUGAUGACUAAAUAAGUCUUUCCCAUCACAGGACUGCUGUUCCCAACCAAGUCUGUUAGAACUCAGAGUAACAGAACUGAGUGGCUCCUUGUAAAAGUCUGUGUUCAACAUCUGUCAUGCCGAAGAUCAUUAAUGUUCAAUUCCAUCCUAUUGUCUUCCUGUUAUUCAUCUUCAUUUCAUUGUCAUUGCUUCAGCUGGGGAUUAAUCAACUAUUUAUGGGAAGACAAGACUUGGAGUCAGGGCAGUCACAAUAAGGUUAUGAUCUGGGACAAUGACAGGGAAAGCAAGUCACUGUUAAGACACGCUUGAUUUGUGAGAGCUUGUUGAUAAUUUAAUUAAACAAAAAUAUAGAAUACUGUAAUGCUGACAUAUCCAUAUUUCAGAGGAGAGUUACUUGAUCUUCCUGAAGUAUCCUAAAAUGUUUGAAUUGAGCCUAUUUGGGGUUUGUUUCUUUGCCUCUUGAUUCCUCUUAAGAGCAAGAAAUGAGAUGAAUGAAGACAAUGUUUCUCUGUAUAAAGCAUAUAAUUGUUAUCAGCAGUGGAAAUCAUACUUGUUACUGUUCCUGAGGGCAGAUGACACAACUGAAACCCGGAUGUCCUAUGAAAUAGUUUCAUAGUUUCGUGAGAUGAACAAAAAUGCUCAUUAGGAAUUUUUUUUAACUUUUUUUUUGGGUACCAGAGAUCAAACCUGGGACCUUGUGCUUGUCAGGCAGGCAGCGGAACCACUGAACUAAAUCCCCAGCCCAGGAAUUAUUUUUUAAAGCCUCAUGAAUUACUACUCAGAUGUUUGCAUUUUGUGCAUCAUGAUUAGUUUUAUUAGAUUUAAAUAUCAAAUAAGUGAUUAGUUUGUCAUCUCCAUGUAUGACCCAAAGACAUUUAUGAACAGGGGAAAUGAAGUAUGGAUGAUACUGAAUUAAUUUGCCUAGGCAUCUGAAAGCAACUCAAUCUAAAUACAUAGCUGGAAUAAUAUAAGGUUUUAAAUAUACCUUAGUAUCUUUUGAUAUGUUAAAAGUUAUUUCACAGAAAACAGCCAAAUUAUUUGCACAGUAAAAUUCCAGGUCUGCAAUAAUAAUUAGAGCUUGUUAAUUUGUCCCAAUUUACUUACUAGAGAAAAUAAAAAUCUCAACAUAUUUAAUCACCAUUAUACAAAAUUGUCACACGUCUCCAUGAAGCUAAAUUUUACAGUAGACUUCUGAUAUUUAGGAUAAUGCCCAAAUCACCAUAUUCGCACAAAUAAUUUCUAAUAAUUGUAAAACCUCAGUUAAGUUUCGGACACGUAAGCUGCCUGCUGAUCUGGGAAAAGUGGCCCAAGCAUUCCCCACCCCCACCUGGCUAUUCUUUGGGGACAGCCGGGCCAUCCAGAUGGCGCGUUAGUUAGCGGUGGUCAGAGCUCCGGAGAAACUUCAACAGCUAGGGCGGUAAUGUCAGGGUUAUGCUGCGAGUCGCCCCCUCCCCCUGCAGUUCCCAGGGCAGGAAGGUGCUGAGAGGGAAGCCGAGGGACGCCCGCCCACCUGCCACCACCUGUUCCCUCCUUAGCCCUCGGCUAUAAAUUCUCCUCCCUCCAAGAUGCAGCCCGCGCUCUCCUCUCGGACAGCUCCUGCGCUCCUUCCCGAGCAGAGCUGCGGAAAAGAUUUCAUCUUCCUUGAAGGCAGGCUCGGGCUUCCCCAGAGUACUGCGAAGGCCUGUCCCGAACCAGCCACACCAAGCUCUGCCCCAAGAAGGGUUCCUUCUCUUUUUACAACUUCACGCUGGGAAGAUGACUUUUUCUUGAGCACCUCCAUGUCCCUCUACUUGGGCAAGGGAAGCGACACCAGCCUGGUCACCCGGCAGGUCCGCAGGCCGAUCCCGCAUUCCCCACUGUAAACUGAUCGCACGUGAGUUGCUCUGUUCGCGACUGUUCGCUGAGAGCUGAGUCCCGGCUCAGUCCCGAGCUCCGCCCCUCGCAGCUCCAGCGCCAGCAUGAAAUCCUGCAAGCCCGACAGGCCCCCGGGAGCGCGCGCCGCUGCCCCUUGCGCGGGCGGUGCCGACUGCGCAGGCGCGUGCGCCGGGCCCGGGCGUCUGGAGAGCGCUGCGCGCAGGCGCCUGGCAGCCAACGCGCGCGAGCGCCGCCGCAUGCAGGGGCUGAAUACUGCCUUCGACCGCCUGCGCAGGGUGGUCCCCCAAUGGGGCCAGGAUAAAAAGCUGUCCAAGUACGAGACGCUGCAGAUGGCGCUGAGCUACAUCAUGGCUCUGACCCGCAUCCUGGCCGAGGCCGAGUGCUUCGGCUCGGAGCGGGACUGGGUCGGCCUGCACUGCGAGCACUUUGGCCGCGACCCCUACCUGCCCUUCGUGGGCGCCAAGCUACCGUCUGAGAGCGAGCCCUGCGGCACGAGGCUCUUCAGCUUCCAGCCCGAGCCCUUCCAGAUGCCCAGCUAGGGCCGCAGGGGCUGGGAAUAAAAUCAGGAGACGUCCAGGCUCCUUUCAGUCGAAUCUUCAGAACUAUGAAUGCAAUAAUUCUAUUGCCUUUCUUCCCUUCCUAUUCUGUGUUUUGUAGAUUUUACUAACGAAUCUCUUGAGUGACUGUUGUGAGAAUAAUGUCCCAUCCCCUUUUCUGGACUACUUUGAGGGAAAACAAGCUUCAGGGAAAAAAAUAAGAUUAGAUUUUACUGCAGUUUCAGUCAUCAGAGAAAUAAUCACCUUCUUAAACUUUGCAAGAUUGUCCUGUUCCGGUGAAGUUGUCUUAGGCAUUGCCUGUGAAUGCUUGAAACAGACAUCUUUCUAAAAUGCUUAAAUGCAUUUAUACUCAGUGUAUUGCGUGUGCAUGCAUUAAGUAGAGGCAGAUUUCUUUUUUUGUUUGCUAGCAUACACGGGCAUGAAUACUCUGUAUUUUUUAAACUGUGUACACGUUAUUAAAAUACAGAUUUUGUAAAACAUAAACAA